AUGCUGGUCUCAAACAAGCAAGACCAAAAGCACAAAGUUUGGUUUACACCAAGAGAAACUGGUUUGGAUCAUUGGAGACUGUUCUCUAAAGAUCUUUUUGUCUACAGAAAGAAAACAAAAGUCUAUGCUACUUUGGGCAUUACACCAUUUGAAUUAAUGUAUGCUUUAGUACUUUCUACUAAUUUAGCUCCAUAUCGCUAUGACACAGUUUACCCAGCAAUGAUAGCUACUACGCUAUCCCAAUAUGAAUAUGUUCUUAUAUGUGAUAAAUCCAACAUCCAAGUGUCUGAAUUACCACAGGGGAGUCUGUGA